GCGCGGGCGGAGCUAGGCGGCCGGCGCUCGUUGCUCGCCCCUCCCUCCCCAGCCUUCCCCGCGAGCGGACGCGCCAGCGCCUCUGUCUCGCUUUUUCUUAUUUUCUCCCCCUUUCCCCUUCCUUUUCUUUUCUUUUUUUCCCCCUUCCCCCCCUUCCACCAUUUCCCCUCGGAGGCGCUUCCCCCGGGCAGGGGCAGAGCCGGCCUCACCCCGCGCCUCUCCCCGGCCCCCGCCGCCCUAUGGAGAGAGGGCGCCUCCUCCUCACCCGGGCACCAGCGGCGGCGGCGGUCGGAGGAGCGGGACCGGCGGCGGCGGCGGCGGCGGCCUCGGGCCCAGGGUCAUCAUGGAACUAGUUCGCUGACUGACCCUUCGGCCCGCAGCCGCGCGUCCCGCCCGAGUGCCCGCGCCCGCCGGCCCGGUUCGCCCUCUUCUCCCUCCCCAGUCGGCCCGGCCCUGGUCCCGCGCGCCCCGCUGCCGCGCGCCGAAGAUCAUGAGGUGGUAACGGGCCCCCCGGAUGACCCCGCGUCACCACUGUGAGGCCUACAGUUCUGCCGGGGAGGAGGAGGAGGAGGAAGAGGAGGAGGAGGAGGAGGUAGUUACAUCAAGCUGGGUGGCAGGCAGAUCCAAAGGGAUAUCAUGAAGUUUCCAGGACCUUUGGAAAACCAGAGAUUGUCUUUCCUAUUGGAAAGGGCAAUCUCCAGGGAAGCCCAGAUGUGGAAGGUCAAUGUGCCGAAAAUGCCUACAAAUCAGAAUGUUUCUCCAUCCCAGAGAGAUGAAGUAAUUCAAUGGUUGGCCAAACUCAAAUACCAGUUCAACCUUUACCCAGAAACAUUUGCUCUGGCAAGCAGUCUUUUGGACAGGUUUUUAGCUACGGUCAAAGCCCAUCCAAAAUAUUUGAAUUGUAUUGCAAUCAGCUGUUUUUUUCUAGCUGCUAAAACUGUUGAAGAAGAUGAGAAAAUCCCAGUACUAAAGGUAUUGGCUAGAGACAGUUUCUGUGGCUGUUCCACGUCUGAGAUUUUGAGAAUGGAGAGAAUUAUUCUGGAUAAGUUGAACUGGGAUCUUCACACAGCCACACCAUUGGAUUUUCUUCAUAUUUUCCAUGCCAUUGCGGUGUCCACUAGGCCUCAGUUACUUUUCAGUUUGCCCAAAUUGAGCCCGUCUCAACAUUUGGCAGUCUUGACCAAGCAACUACUUCACUGUAUGGCCUGCAACCAACUUCUGCAGUUCAAAGGAUCCAUGCUUGCUCUGGCCAUGGUUAGUUUGGAAAUGGAGAAACUCAUUCCCGAUUGGCUUCCUCUUACAAUUGAACUGCUUCAGAAAGCACAGAUGGACAGCUCCCAGUUGAUCCACUGUCGGGAGCUGGCGGCACAUCACCUCUCUGCUCUGCAGUCUUCCCUGCCUCUAAAUUCCGUUUAUGUCUACCGUCCCCUCAAGCACACCCUGGUGACCUGCGACAGAGGAGCGUUCAAAUUACACCCCUCCUCUGUCGCAGGCCCAGAUUUCUCCAAGGACAACAGCAAGCCAGAAGUGCCAGGCAGAGGUACCACAGCCUUCUACCAUCACCUCCCAGCUGCCAGCGGGUGCAAGCACGCCUCUGCUAAACGCAAGGUGGAGGAGAUGGAAGUGGAUGACUUCUAUGAUGGGAUCAAGCGGCUCUACAAUGAAGAUAAUGUUUCAGAGAACGUGGGGUCUGUGUGUGGCACUGAUUUAGCAAGGCAAGAAGGGCAUGCUUCUCCCUGUCCACCUUUGCAGCCUGUUUCAGUCAUGUAGUUUGAGGUGUUCCCUUCCAGUGCACACUAGGGCUGACUACUCAGAAGUGAGACUAGAAAACCAGGAAAGGCUGUAGAGAAGGGUGUGUGCUUUAUCAGACUGAAGUGAGCCAGGAAAAAAAAAAAAAACCACCCUGUUCCUUUGUGUGGCUACUACGAUUCAACAUUCUUUAAUAUAAAGGCAUAUAUUUAUAGACUCAAGAUCCAAAAUAUAUUUAAAAGUAAAGGAAAUGUUCUUUGUACUAUGACAGUUCCAUUUUUUUCUUUGUUAAAAUAUGUUUGCCCCAUGCCCAAAAAAAUAAAAUAAAAAUCCAUGUAAGGGGAAAAGUUGCAAAAUUUGUAGCUAGAGACCUUGUUCCCAGUGUCCCCAUUUUUCUCUCGCCUUUUCUUGCCUCUCUGUUGGAUUCUGAAUAAGUUUUGUGCUUGUUGAUGUAUAUGUUCUAACUUCCACUGAAUAGGUAGCCCCCAGCUUUUUUUUUUUUUUUUUUUUUUAAGCAUAUUUUGUGUGGCAGCCAUGUUUAAUCCAUGGCUGAAGUUUGUUAGUUUGAAAAGGGCACUUUGAAGCUAUCCCCAUGAAUCAGUGGUCAUGAAAAAGUUCUUAGUUUGUGUGUCUCAUUCCAGUUUUUAGUUGAAAAAGAUUACUGUCCUUUUGUUUACCUUAAAGCUUAAAAAUGGCAUGUAAUUAGGACAUUUUGAGCAUUUUUGACAUUUGUAUGAAGAAUUUUUUAUAAAGUUAAUAUAUCCGGGUGCUCACCAAAGAAACAUGUACGUAACAUAUACUUAGAUUUUUGUAAAUGAUCUGUUUUCAUUCAUUUAAAAUCACUAGGAGCAACUGUCUAGAUAUUGGGGCAGCCUGAUUUGAGUCUGUAACUUACAAUUGAAUUCAGUACCCUAGUUUUAUAUUAAGCUGUUAGGAUUUUCUUGGUAACAAGUUAUUCCCCUUGUUUUUCUGACUUCUGGACCCUGGCUCCCUUUGCAGUCUGAAGAAGGCACUGCAGUCCGAACCAUGUACUGGUGAUAAAGCCUCUGGUAGCAAUAAAAAACGUUGUCCUUAA